UGCCGGUGCCGGUGCCGGUCCCGUCCCUGUUCCCUGUUCCUUGUCCCUGUUCCGCUCAUCCUUCCCGGGCGGGCAUGGCGGACGAGGGCGCCGUCACGGUGUGCGUGCGUGUGCGGCCGCUCAUCGCCAGAGAAAAUGCCUCAGGAGAGAAAGUGUCCCUGCACUGGAGAAGCGAGAAUAACACUGUUUCYGACGUGAAUGGUACCAAAAUAUUUAGUUACGAUCGUGUCUUUCAUUCAAGCGACAACACUCAGCAGUUGUAUGUUGGUGUAGCUGUUCCAAUUAUCCAAUCAGCUGUGCAAGGCUAUAAUGGCACAAUUUUUGCUUACGGACAGACUGCUUCAGGGAAGACUUACACAAUGAUGGGAAAUGAAGAUUCCAUGGGCAUUAUUCCUAAGGCAAUUCAAGAUGUGUUCAAAAUUAUUUGUGAGAUUCCAGAUAGAGAAUUCCUGCUAAGGGUUUCUUACAUGGAAAUCUACAAUGAAACAAUUACAGAUUUGCUUUGUGAUAGUAGGAAAAAGAAGCCUCUGGGAAUUCGUGAGGAUGUUAAUAGGAAUAUAUAUGUAGAAGAUCUGAUUGAAGAGGUGGURGUUUCCCCAGAACAAGUUAUGGAAUGGAUCAGAAAAGGAGAAAGAAAUCGCCAUUAUGGAGAAACAAAAAUGAAUGAGCACAGCAGCCGUUCUCACACUAUCUUCAGAAUGAUCAUUGAAAGCAGAGAACGAAGUGACCCUUCAAAUGCAAACUGUGAUGGAGCAGUCAUGGUUUCCCACUUGAACUUGGUAGAUCUGGCAGGCAGUGAAAGAGCUCGUCAAACRGGAGCUGAAGGUGUUCGACUGAAAGAAGGCUGCAAUAUAAAUCGGAGCUUGUUCAUUCUGGGUCAAGUUAUCAAAAAGCUUUGUGAUGACCCUUCUGGCUUCAUAAAUUACAGAGACAGCAAGCUGACUCGAAUUCUGCAGAACUCCCUUGGAGGAAAUGCUAAAACAGUUAUUAUUUGUACRAUUACUCCUGUUUCUUUUGAUGAGACACUCAGUACUCUUCAGUUUGCCAAUACAGCCAAAGGAAUGAAGAAUACACCAAAAGUCAAUGAAGUACUUGAUGAUGAUGCUCUCCUGAAGAGAUACCGCAAAGAAAUUCUGGAUUUGAAAAAGCAGCUGGAGGAAGUGUCUUCAAAAACUCACAUUCAUGCAAUAGAAAAGGACCAGUUGGCCCAGCUGUUGGAAGAAAAAAAUUCUCUUCAAAAAGUACAGGAAGACAGAAUACGAAACUUAACGGAGAUGCUGGUGACUUCUGCUUCCUUUGCCUCAAAACAGAAUAUUAAAGCCAAGAGAAGAAGAAGAGUUACUUGGGCUCCUGGUAAAAUAAACCAGGGAAAUGUGAACUUCUUUGAAGACUUUGAAAAUGCAAUGGCGACUGAAACAAAAAAAAUGAAGUUGUCUCUGCCAGCAGUACCAGAUGUGGAGGAUUCUACCUUAGAGAAUUCUGAAUAUGACAACUCUUGCCUGAUGGUUCCUGAUCAAAUUUCAGAAGGAGAAUGGAUUGCUGGUCCUAACAUGAAUUGGACUCAGAAAGACUUUGAAGAAUCYGUGCAGCUCUGUGAAGCAUUAGCACUAGAAAAGGAUAUUGCUGUAAAUGAGGUCAACGCCCUGCAAGCUAACUUUAAUAACCUAGUGCUGGAAAAUGAGCAGUUGAAAUCAGAAAUAAAUGAAAUGARAGAGAAACUGAAGGAAAAAAAAGAAAUAGAUGAAUUUGAAGCACUGGAAAGACAAACACAAAAAGACCUUGAGAUUCAACUAAUGCAUGAAAUUACCAACUUAAAGAAUCUAGUUUCAAAUGCUGAAGUGUACAAUCAGGAACUUGAGGUAGAAAUAAAUUCCAAACUGGAACAGCUGAAAGAGAAAGAGAACAAAAUAAAUAUAUUACAGAAUCGUGUGGAAGAACUACAAAAAGCARGAUUGGAAAAAAAGGAGACAUCUUUUUCAGUGGGAGACACUGAUAAGCUAAUUGAGGAAAUUCAGCAGCUGARCAAAUCCCUCUUUGACAGUGAAGCCGUAGCCUUGGAUGCCAAAAAGGAAUCUGCUUUUCUCAGAAGUGAAAAUUUGGAGUUGAAAGAGAAGAUGAAUGAACUCUUAAAUAACUACAAUCAAAUGCAAAAGGAUGUUCAAUUAUAUCAAAGCCAAAUAGAAGCGGGAAAAACCAGUUACCGAAAAAUGCAAGCUGACUUGCAGAGAGAGUUGCAAUCUUUGUUUCAAGAAAACACAAGAUUGACUUCACUGAUGGAGGGUAAAGUUCCAAAAGAUUUGCUCUCUCAUGUGGAGCUGGAAAAAAAGGCAGCUGAUUUAAAAGGAGAACUCGAAAACGCUUUGAAAGAGAAUGCACUUCUACAAAAACAAGUAAAUGAGCUAUCAGAAUUUCAAUCCCUACCAAAUACUGUUGAGAUGCAGAAAAAAGAGAUUCUUGAAAAAUGUGARGAGUUACACUUAUUAAAACUGGAAAAUGAAAAGCUGCUUUCUGAAGUAGCUGAUAAUGAAACGAGACUUAAACAUAUGACAGAAGAAAUUGAAAAAUCAAAAGACARUCUAGCAGAUGCACAACUGAAAUAUGUGAAGUCAGAUCAGGAAUAUGUAGCACUUAAACAGCUCCAUGAAGAAAUAGAACAAAAGUACAUUGCUGCAUCAGAAAGCAAUGAACAAAUGAAGCUCCAAAUAGAAUGUCUAUCUAAAGAAGCACAAGAGUCCAAAACAACUUUGGAUGAAGUGAAAUUAGAGCUCUCUAGCAAAAUGAAAGAAUUGGAAGAAAAAACAGCUGAGCAAAACCARCUUCUUGAGUUAAGAGAAAAUCUUAUUCAAACUCAGCAGAAGUUAAAUGAAAUGGAGCAAUUAAAAGAGGAAGAAAGGAAUAGUGAAUUGAGACUGGAGGCCAAGGAUUYGGAGAUCCAGGCAAUCUUGCAGCAGCUUACUGAAUGUCGGGAAGAAAUAAAAACUCUAACMCAGGAAAGAGAUGACCUGAAGCAAAAAGAGGAGUCUCUCCAAGCUGAGACAGAGCAACUCAGAGAGGAUAUAAAGGAGACCGUUUCAACGAACAUCUUGGCACAGGAAGAUCUGAGAAAUACACAAAGUUCUCUGAAGGAAUCCCAGAAAACUGUCAAGAAGCUGGAAAAAAGUAUUUCUGAAAAAGAAUCUCAGAUUCUGAGUGUUGAAGAGGCACUAGGGAAAACCAUUAAAGAACUCCAAAUACAGAUCUCAGAAAUGAGAGAAGAAAUGAAAAUAAUCACAUCUGAGAGAGAUCAGCUUGCUGUGGAAGUAUCAGAAAGUAAAAGCUGUAGAGCAAGUGAUGAGCUUCAGGUUCAAAAAGAGCAAAUCAUCCUCCUUACACAGGAGAACCGUUCAUUGCAGGAGAAGCUGGACAGUUUACUUUUGGAGAAAGAAGAGUUUGGUGAAGGAGCUUUGAUACCACAGAUUCAAGUACAGUCUAUGGAGCAAGAGUUAUUUCACCUGAGAGAAGAGCUGAGCCAGGCACAAAGGAGAUUGCACGAAAUGGAGGAGGCAAAGGCCAAUGAACAUCAAGGAGAAUCUGAAAGAAUGGAGACAACAGAUGUUACUCCAAAACCACUUGACUCCCAGGAUGUGAACACCCAGACAGAAAGAGAAGAUGAGGAUUUGAAAAUGCAACUGGAAAAUCUCCAGAAUGAGAGAGACCAGCUAAGAGAAACUCUACAGGAAACAAUUAGCAAGAACUCGGAGAUGCAGGAGGAGUUGAGAUGUACUCGUGAAUCUCUUGGACAACAUCAGGAGAUGAUUGUGGAGCUGAAAGGAAAUAUUUCAGAGAAAGAAAAUCAGCUCUGGAAGGCACAAGAGGAAUUGAAGGAACAAAGUGACGAACUGCAGCAGAAGCUCACUGAAGUCACUGAAAACCUGACUCGUGUCUCAGCUGAAUAUGGCAAGCUACUGGCAGAAAAGGAGCAAACUGAAAGAACAAUGGAGGAGCAAGUCUGUCAGCAGCUUGAGAAAAUUACUUUACUUAACAAGGAGAARGAKGAGCUACAGCAAAUGSUAGACACUUGUAAGGAAAGGGAAGAACAUUUGUUAAAGGUUCAGAGGCAGUCAGAGAUUUUGAAGGACAGCCUAACAAACRAGAUUCAACAAUUAACUGAGACACUAAAUAGUAUAUCAUGUGAGAAGGACCAGUUAUUAGCUGAAACUCGACACUCUUCCCAACUUGAAGAACAAAUCUCAUCAGUUAAUCAAGAAAAAGAUGAGCUAAAAAAACUUCUCCAGGAUGUCAGUUCAGAACGGGACCAGCUCAAGGCAGAAUUGCAAAGAAAUUCUGAGAUGGGUGCUGAAACAAAUGCUAAACUGGAAUGUGCAUUAGAACAACUGAAGCAGAGAAACCUGAAUCACAUGUCCAUUCAGGAGCUUCUGGAGAAAUUCCCAAAUAUGGGGAAGAGAUAUGAAUGUCUCUCUACARCAUCUCUUAAGCUACAGAGUGAAUUGAAUAGUCAGAAAGCACUGCUGGCUGUGAUACUGCCACAGCUUACUUUGGAGCAGAGUAAACAAGUCAAAACCCUCCAAACUAAGAAUGAGGAUGUGAACAGUCGUCUCCAGAAGUUAUUUAUGAAACUGAAGCUCCUGUUCAGUUCUGUUUGUGCAAAGAAAGAACAAUAYCAUACUACUGUUAACAAGUAUAAAAUGAAAUUGCUUGAGGAAAAGAGAAAACAAGAUCACCUACAAUCCCAGACUCAAUAUCUCAGGAAGAUUUAUUUGAAGCAAGAUGAAGCAUCAUCUCAAGAGUUAAACAACAGUGAAGGGCUGCAAAAUUUCCACUUGGAUGCAGAGAGCAUUCUCAAAGACAUAUCAGAAAUGGAACAUGAACUUCUCUGCAUAGAAGGAGAGUUACAGCAGCAAGAAAGUGCUAGAAAAGAAACAAUACAGUUCUGGGAAGCUUGUUCAGGARCUCACUGUGAUGCAGAGGAACUGAAAGAAGUACUAAAGAAACAAAAUGAAAGGCUUUUGCAAGUCUCUAAAAUCUGGACACCUAAAGUAAAGAUACUCCUUGAACUUUCUUCAGAACUGGAUGCCAAAACUGCAGAGUAUAGUAAAAAUGCUGAUGUUGAAUUAAAACAGAGAAAAGAGAAAAAUGAAGAGUUGCUUCAGAAUCUAAACACACUAAAAGAAAAACUGGCCCCUAGUGGCUUUUCCAGUCUGGCAUUAGAAGAAGAAAAUUACAGGCUUCAUAAUAAAUUAAAGGUUGCAGAAGAAGAUAAAAAGGUUAUGGAAGUAAAAAUUCAGAAGUUAGAAGAUAUAAUAAAUGAAGUAGGAGAAAGUGUCAAAGAGAAAGAUAACAGGAUAAACAAGCUGCAAGCACAGAUAAGAACAAAAACAGAGACAAGUGAGCUCACCCAAUUGCAAGCUAAACUGAAUGAGACGGAGAAUUGCCUCAGAACUGCCUUAACAGAGAAUCGCAGUCUUCAGGCAAAAUUAGAUAAAGGUGGUCAGUUGUACAAAGAAGAAAUUGACAAUCUCAAAACACAAUUGGUAAAAUGUGAUCUGGAAAGAAUGAAACAAUCCAAAUCCAUUGAAGUGACACUUGCUAAUUGUAACGCCCUUGCAGAACACCAAGAACAGCAAAUAACAAAGCUAAGAGAAGAACUGAGAAGAGCACGCCAAGAGCAAGAUGUUACUGUGCUGAAAGAAGCAGACCCUCAGCAAUCCCAAGUACCCCUUACUUGUGGUGGUGGCAGUGGUAUUGUGCAGAGCACACAAAUACUUGUUCUAAAAUCUGAACAAGCCAAGCUGCAGAAAGAGAACUUGUGCCUGAAGGAACAAAAUGACCGUCUGCGAAGUGGUGAACUUCAACUGAAAGAGGAACUUAAGAAAUGGAAAGAGAGAGCACUAAAAUUGAGAGAACAAUCCUCAAGAGAAACUACUCGAGAGACAAUAUCAAAAUCUCCUAAGAAAACAGUAUCAUAUUUCUUUAAAAAGCAAAUGCCUUCACCCUCCAAGGAAACUGCUUCUCAGGAAAUAGUGACUCAGGACCUAUCAAAGCCUCUGCCUCUGACUUGUCCAACAAAUUUCUUUGAUAAUUCCAACUUGGGUAUGCUAACAGAUGCACGACCUGCGGGCAUAGAGUCCACAGAAGAACAUCUUAAACACUUGUUUGGGACUUCAGACCAAAACAAAGCCCCUGAAUGUAGCACCCAGUGAAGAUGCUCUGUGGUAAGCUGCCCUGGCAGUGGCUGCAGCCAGAAUGUGCAAACACAAAAGAAAACUGUUUCAGGUUAAAAGCCACCAGCCUCUUCUGUCUUUGCUGUCUUGGAGCKGCUACUUCCCAGAACUGGGAAAGCUGAAAUAUGAGGACAAAAAUGGAAAACUAGACAUGUUUCCCCACAACCUGCUAAUCUGUCAAUGUUCUACUUUGGUGUUUUGAUGUGGGUUUUUUUGAUGGCAAAGAAAAUCUAAUGCAUUGAAGAAAAAAAAAUGGGAAAAGGAAUGGAUCACAAACUAACCUACUGUGAAACUUCUCAGUCUCAACCUUUACAUUCUGUCGUUCCUAAAACAGCCCUUUUCUGGGGCUUUGAUAUUUUUAUCUUCAGAGUGGUGUUGACUUAUAAAGAAAUAUUAUUUUUGUUUUUUAGCAUGUCAUUUUAUACCAUGCUUCUUUAAGCCCACACAAACUACAUUUUCACCACAGCUUUGGACCCAGCAUUUGAAGUUACUGAUCUUCUGUUUGUAGAGCACACAAUCAAGGGUUCCYCUUAAACUCCUUAAAUGUUUCUGCAGCUCAACCAAUUAUGGUGCCGUGAGUAACUGAAUUUUGCAUUGUUUUUCAAUAUACCUCCCUGAAGUUGUGUUUUGGAGUUUUUUUUUAUAGCAAGCAAUGGACUUAAGCAGAAGAAUGUUCUAUAGUGAAUGGAAAUCAAACCAGAUCAUUGGGGCGAGAUGGACUCUCUUAUUAACCUACUUACCUGUGUUGUCAGACCCACUUUUUGUAUGUUUUAUAUAAGAGACCUUAUUUUAACAAUAAACUUUAAUGUGUUAAAUAUG